AGUGUCAACGAUCAAAGGUGAAAGUUGAGUGGGACAAAAACAUGGUUGAACACGGGGACGUCCGCGUGGUUCACAAAGGUGGCAGUAAAAUCAACUUCAGGGAGCCCGCUUUAAGCACUGACUCGAGGUUCCUGUUGUGCGCCUCUGGAGAGAGUGUGAAGGUAUUCAGCACUGCAACAGAGGAAUGCUUACACGCGUUGCAAGGACACACCGACUUGGUCACAGGUGUCCUCCUCAGACCGUCCAACCAUCUGCAGGCUUACUCCUGCUCGCUAGAUGGCACUGUCAGACUUUGGGACUUCACAGACGGCAUUCUCAUUAGGACUUAUUCUAUUGGAUACCCCAUUUAUGGAAUCUAUGCAUCUGCAAAACAUGAAGGUGUCAUCUUUAUUAUCACCCCCAUGCACACGGACACCAAUUCUGAGUUAUUCCAGCUGGUUGCAGUACAUCUGCCACAGUGUGGAGAGCAGCUGGUGGAGGCCAAAGAGCUCUCUGCUGUGCUCAGCAACAUCAGUUCCAACCCAGCAGCCAGCGCCUUUGGUAGAGAGGGACAAUACAUAGUCUCAGCAAAACCUCUGCAGCUGGAAGUUUACUUCUUUAAGAAGCAAAAAUCAUACAGUUUUUUUCUCAAAAAAGAUAACCAGAAAGGAGGCAAGAACACAUUCACAUGCAUUACCUGCCACCCAACAGAGGACUGUAUUGCAUCAGGGCAUGAAGAUGGCAAGAUCCGCCUGUGGAGAAACUUUAACCACAGGAAGGAGUACACAUACUCCACACUGCACUGGCAUCACAGUGCAGUGAGCUCCCUGCGAUUUACUCCAGAAGGCACCAACCUGCUGAGUGGAGGUGUGGAGUCAGUACUGGUUCAGUGGCGCUACAACCAGGAGAGCCAGCGAGACUUCCUACCCCGCCUGGGUGGAGCCAUCACACACAUUUCAGUCUCCCCGGAUGGAGCUCUGUUUUGUACAUCACACAGUGACAACAAAAUCACAAUCAUCCAGAGCUGUGUUAAAGUGUCGGCAGUCAUUCAAGGGCUGGUCAAAGGUGACCGUAUCAGGACAGACUUGAUGAUUGAGCCUCGAAGCAAAGCUCUGGUGUUGAAUGGAAAACCAGGGCACCUUCAGUUUUACUCUCUACAAAGAGACAAACUAUUGUACAAUCUGGACAUAGUACAGCAGGAGUACAUUCAUGAAUCCGGCCUGGAGCAGUUUGAAGUGGUUAUGGCAGCAUUUGAUGCCUCUGGCAGCUGGCUUGCCACAGUAGAAGAAAGAAAACAGAAAGCCCCUGAGCUGGAGCUUAACUUGAAGCUGUGGGCACUUGAUGAUCAAAAGCAGAGUUUUGUGCUGAACACAACUAUCUCGGCCCCCCACGAGGCGCAGAUUACAGCCUUGUGCUUUCCCCACGUGUCAGACGGCCAGACCACCAUGUUGGUCUCCACUAGCAGAGAUGGACACUUCAAAGCCUGGCAGCUGGCUGCACCAGCCCACACAGAAGACGAAGGCCCGUCCUGGUCCUGUGAUUUUCUCGGGGCCUAUCACAGCCUGGUACCCGAGUGCUGCUGCUUCUCAGCCGACAGCUCUCUGCUGGCCGUGGGCUUCCAGGAGGUUGUGACUGUGUGGACUCCUGCCUCGUGGGAGCUCCUGACGACUCUCUCCCAGCCGCCGGGCGCCGUCAGGGAUCUUUGUUUUGGUCGACUAAGCUGUUCCAAGUAUCUGCUGGGAGCCACGACCAGCAAGCUGCUCUGCUGUUGGAACCUCCUCACCUGCUCCUUGGAGUGGGUCACUUCUAUGGACGUCAGCCUGCUGCUAGCCGACCCGCUCUCUGAAAACAUGGCUGCCUUCUGUUUUGAAGCUGGAUCCACAGACUUGUUUGUGUUCAAGCCCGGCGAGCCACGGCCACUUUUUUCCCAUAAGGCUUUGUGCUCAGGGAGGGUGACUCAUGCCGUCUUUGUCCCGAGAGAAGUGAUGCUGGAGAGCUGCGAUGAAGCUAGCCAGUGGCUAAACUGCUCACAUCUUUACUUCCUCACUCAAUCUAUGGACCUGCUGACGUUCAUCACCAAAGCAGAGGAGGACAAGCUGACGGCUUCGAGCAAACAGCUUGUGGUCAGUGACGAUGUUGCCAUGACGCCCUUCCACCUGUUGCUGGGGAAACAUCGGGAUCAGCUGGAAAAUCCACAGGCGGAGAGCAGGCUGUCUGUGGAGCCAAUACGUCAGCCUUCGAGCUCUGCUGGCAUCGACGAGCUGCUCCAGAUGCCGGCUCAUGUGCUGCCCUCUGCCAGCUUCCUCUGCUCCAUGUUUGUUCAGUCUCUGCUCAUCUCCGUCAAUAAGCCAAGUGAACAAAACAAAGAGAAGGAGGAGGAAAUGGAAAGCGAGAAAGAGGAAGAGGAUUCCGAUGGGGAAAUGGAAUCCAGAAUCUCAAGACCAGAACACAUGCCGUCAGGGGAAUCGGGGUGCGCUGCCCCCGCCUUAACAAAAGAAGAGGUUAGGGAACUCAGGAGACUCAAGAAACUUGAUCACAGUUGGAUGAAAGGCCUUUUAGACCAAUGAAGAGCCAGCGAAUGUGGAAGUUUGUCACCAGCCUUUCCAAGAUUCUGUGUGGAUUGUUUUUUUUUAGUAACGGAGGAAAACAAUUCUCAUAGGAUUAGAUGAUUGCAGGCAAACACAUGUUUAAUCAAAUGAUGAUGUGCUGCUUUGGCAGAACUGUGUUAAACCCCCAACAAGUUUGAUUUGCUUUCUAUGCAAAAACAAAAUAACUUCUGGAUUGCAUUGAGGAUCCUCUGGACUUAACAUUUGCAUCACUAUUUUCUAAAGCAUUCCUGUUUUCAGAUUUGUUUCAGUCAGAAAAGGAACUCUUGUGUCAUAGUUUUGUUUUUUUACCUCUUUGCUGGUUCAUUAUUCUCUGUUCCUGCUAAACCUGAGCAAGAUCAGCGUAAAAAAUGUAUCCACAGAGGAAAUAGACCAUUGUGGUAGAAAUUCAUUCUGCAGAGAAGCUCCACACAACUAAACAUGAUGCUCUUCCGUUAUGAAGAUGCAGGAUAUUAUUUCUAUUUCCUAGUAUUGUUACUGCAACAUUUUUUCCAUCUGAAGUUGCAUUUUCUUUUUUUGUGUGUGAUUUAAGCUUACAACUAUUUUGACUGAAUUUCACCAUGCCUCCCCCCUCCGUUUCAUAUUUUCAAAGUCUGUUUACUUUCGAGUUAGAGAAAGUCCAAGGCUGAGGUUAAACAUUGUUGCUGUUGUGAGAACGCAUAGCUGUGUGUAAUGUUAUUUUCAUACAUACAGAUAUUUAAUAAAAACAUUUUCUUAAA